AUGGAGAAUGGGACACGUGUUAUUGACUUCUAUAUAAUAGCUUUCUCCAAAGUGUUUGGUCAAGCGUUCAUUUUAUUUCCCACAUUUCUUUCUCUCUACCUCAUAUGUCUACUUUGGAACAUGUUAAUAUUUGUGACACUCUUUAUGGAUCCUCAUUUGCAGAAGCCAAUGUAUUUUUUCCUACGUAACCUCUCCUUUGUAGAUGUCCUGUACAUUUCAGUGGCACUUCCAAAAUUAAUGGACAUCAUUAUUACUGAAAACACUCGAGUUUCAUUUGCAGCUUGCUUUACACAAAUGUACUUUUUUUCUUCCUUUGCUUGCACAGAGAUAUGGCUGUUGACCAUGAUGUCUUACGAUCGUUAUGUAGCAAUCUGCUUUCCAUUGCACUAUGUGUUAAUCAUGAAGAAGAAAAAGUGUGACCUAAUGGUGGCCGGUUGCUGGCUUUCUGGAUUUUGUAAUUCUCUUUUUGUUACAAUUUUUGCCUCUCGCUUGUCCUUCUGCAGAUCCACAUACAUCAAGCAAAUAUUUUGUGACAUUAAAACAUUGACAAAGAUUUCUUGUGGUGACAUACAUGAGUUCCAAACAAUGAUAUUGGUAGAGGCUUUUCUCAUGGGUUUAUGCCCUUUCUUGCUGAUUUUGAUGUCCUACAGUAACAUUUUAGCAAAUAUUCUAGGCUUAAGUUCUAUUCAUCAAAGGAGAAAAACUUUUUCCACGUGUACCUCUCACCUUACCAUCCUUUUAAUGUUUUAUGGGACCCUACUCUGUAUGUACAUGAUACCACCAUCAGAAUACUCAGAGGAACUUGACCAGAUAUUUUCAGUCUUUUACCUAGCAGUGACACCUACACUAAACCCUUUGAUUUACAGUCUAAGGAAUAAAGAAGUAAAAAAUGCCAUACAUAAUAUUUUAUUCAGCAAUUUUUUUUACAAAGGCAUCAGUGUCUGCAAAGGUGCAUUGUAA